CCUUUCAAUUCAGGUACACCAGGAGCAGGUCAUACAGACAAGAUUGGGCGACUGAAAGAACUUUGUGAGCAGUAUAACAUAUGGCUACAUGUGGAAGGAGUGAAUUUGGCAACUUUGGCUUUAGGUUAUGUCUCCUCUUCAGUACUGGCUGCAACAAAAUGUGACAGCAUGACUCUUACUCUGGGCUCCUGGUUGGGUCUCCCAGCAGUACCUGCAGUGACACUCUACAGACAUGAGGAUCCUUCUUUGUCCUUAGCUGCAGGCCUGACAUCAAGUCAGCCAGUAGAGAAACUCCGUGCCCUGCCCCUGUGGCUAUCCUUGCAGUACCUGGGACAUGAUGGGAUUGUAGAGAGAAUAAAGCGUGCAUCUCAGCUGGUAAGAAGUAGUUCGUCUUCAAAUGAUGUGCUAACUUUUGCUUUUCUGAGUGUGGGCAGGGGGAUCUUAUUAAGGAUCUUUUUACCAUCUUACUUGAAUAAGUUCAUUCUCCAGACAGAAAGUUAGUUU